GGUGUUGGCCAUUUGGUACAGCAUGCAGAUGCUAGAAAGCGCUGGGCAGAUAUUUGAAGGUGAAGAACAACGAUCGGAACGAGGUCAUUUCCUGUGCCGCGUGGCCCGGCAGGUUUUGAACCCUGCGUACGACUACAUCCCACCCAACCUCGUCGAUCUCUACAUCACCAACAUGGGGGGCUUGCAACCGUCGUACAUCUACAGGCUGUUGGCGGAGUACUACCACAGGGAUGAGCUGAUCAUCUCCCCUUGA